UUGACUUUUCUCGCGCACGCUGCGUCAUAAACUGUAACUGUGACGUCAAAUGAUCACUUCGCUCUGUUUCUCGGAUCGAAACUGUGCAGGUUUUUUCCGUGAGAGGAAAACCGUGCUGUAACAAUGAAGAUUGUGAUUUUGACCGUUGCGUUGGCAACUUUGCUUCAAUUAACGGCGGUUACACAGGCUUCAAAACAAGAAGAUAACUUUCAAGCCACUGAAUGGCAAAAACUCCCUUUCGAAGAUUUUAAAGAAGAAACCUCCGUGAUCGGAACUCGGAACGAAAAGGAAUAUGUGAUAAGGAUUCAAAUGUUGUCCCUGGACCUGGAUAUGAAACUUGUUUUUCCCAGCAAAAAAGGCUCUAAAGAUUUGAGCGGUUCUAUCUUUAGGAACGAUCCACCGAACCUCGGAAAGAUUCUCAAGUGCAAAGACCUACCGGAAUAUCCUGGGAACACGACAUGUUCUGAGCACCACGUAUUCAAACGGAAAGAACCCGGACUGAUCUCUCAAGUGAAGACGAUGAUGAAAAACAUGUGGAGUUUUAUGGUAACAACAUUGGUCAAAGGUUGGAAGACCUGCUCUAACGGCGUUGGCACAACGGUUAAGAACAUUUGGAACGGAAGGAAAUGGAUGAAGGAUUUGGCCGGUAAAAUUUGGACAAGAUUGCUGGAUUGGGUUUGUGGAGUGAAGAAUGGAUUGAUGUAUAGGGUCGGUAAAGUUUGGAACGGAUUGAAAGGGUUGGCGGAAUGGGUGUUUAUAAGGAUGAUGUGGGUAGAUGAAUAUGUGUACCACGGAAGCCUGUGGGCGGCCGAGUGGUACUGGGACCAUACCGAAUGGUUGACAGAGCUGACUUGGAACGGAAUGGAAUGGAUCUGGGAUCAUAUUGAAUGGUUGGCCCGCUUCUUAAAGGAAAAUCCUUUAUGGUUAGCUGAGAAAACAUGGAUUGGAUUAAAACGGUGGGCCGAGUGGACAUGGGGGGAAGCGAAACGGUUCGCGGACUUGUCAUGGAAUGUGAUUAAAAAGAAAUGUAAACCACUUGAACCUGCGCUCGAAUACGUUUUGGAGAUGGUUCAAAUCAUCAUCAACUUUUACAAUGAAUAUGUUCAUGAACAUUUGUUAAAAAUUCAAGUCAAAAUUAUAGUCUCGAGCUGGCGUGAAACUGGGUAUACGAUCUCAGCCGUACUGGUGAUGAACUGUGUGAUGGUGGCUGUUUACAAGUUGAUUUCGUCGCCUGUGAAGUUGUUCAGGCGAAGAUGGCAAGCUUACAAAGAUUGGAAAAAGGCCGAGGAAGCUUCCUGGAGACUACCACCAAGACGUCAGUCUCGAUCAAACAAACGAGUCUGGGAAAAUCCCAAGAAGAAAAAGCUUUACAGGAAUGAAAAUUGAAAGAGUCCGAAUUUGGCUUUCUUUCUUUCUUUCUUUUUCUUUUUGUUUUGUUUUUGUUGUAAUAAUAUUAACUAUUUUGAACAGAUUUUCUAUGGAAACAAGUUAUUAUUGGUUUAAAAGCAUUAAAUGAAACUUGCAAGGUU